GGAAUGUUCAACUCCUGACUCCGGCGGAAGCGUGGGAGCCGCGCGGGCCGCAGUCCCCGACCCCGUCCCCGACUCCCGCCGCCCCGGUCGCGCGGGGCUUGCGCGCCCCCUUGCAGCUCCGGUCCGGGAGCCAGAUCGUGUGGAAGGGUUAUCCUUGUCAUUAUGAGAUGUCGUCUCUCGGUGCCUCCUUUGUGCAAAUUAAAUUUGAUGACUUGCAGUUUUUCGAGAACUGCGGUGGAGGGAGUUUUGGGAGUGUUUAUCGAGCCAAAUGGAUAUCGCAGGACAAGGAGGUGGCUGUGAAGAAGCUGCUCAAAAUAGAGAAAGAGGCAGAAAUACUGAGUGUCCUCAGUCACAGAAACAUCAUUCAGUUUUACGGGGUGAUUCUCGAACCUCCCAACUAUGGCAUUGUCACAGAAUAUGCUUCUCUGGGGUCGCUCUAUGAUUACAUUAACAGUAACAGAAGCGAGGAGAUGGACAUGGAACACAUCAUGACCUGGGCCACUGAUGUAGCCAAAGGAAUGCACUACUUACAUAUGGAGGCUCCUGUCAAGGUGAUUCACAGGGAUCUCAAGUCAAGAAAUGUUGUUAUAGCUGCUGAUGGCGUAUUGAAGAUUUGUGACUUCGGUGCCUCUCGGUUCCAUAACCAUACAACACACAUGUCCUUGGUUGGAACUUUCCCUUGGAUGGCUCCAGAGGUUAUCCAGAGUCUCCCCGUGUCUGAAACCUGUGACACAUAUUCCUAUGGUGUGGUUCUCUGGGAAAUGCUAACAAGAGAGGUCCCCUUUAAAGGUUUGGAAGGAUUACAAGUAGCUUGGCUUGUAGUGGAAAAAAACGAGAGGCUGACCAUUCCAAGCAGCUGCCCCAGAAGUUUUGCUGAACUGUUACACCAGUGUUGGGAAGCUGAUGCCAAGAAAAGACCAUCAUUCAAGCAAAUCAUUUUGAUUUUGGAGUCCAUGUCAAAUGACACGAACCUUCCCGACCAGUGUAACUCAUUCCUGCACAACAAGGCCGAGUGGAGGUGUGAAAUUGAGGCAACCCUUGAGAGGCUAAAGAAACUGGAGCGUGAUCUCAGCUUUAAAGAGCAGGAGCUCAAAGAGCGGGAAAGACGGUUAAAGAUGUGGGAGCAGAAACUGACAGAGCAGUCUAACACCCCGCUUCUCUUGCCUCUUGCUGCAAGAAUGUCUGAGGAGUCUUACUUUGAAUCUAAAACAGAGGAGUCAAACAGUGCAGAGAUGUCAUGUCAGAUCACAGCAGCAAGUAACGGGGAGGGCCAUGGCAUGAACCCAAGUCUGCAGGCCAUGAUGCUGAUGGGCUUUGGAGAUAUCUUCUCCAUGAACAAAGCAGGAGCUGUGCUGCAUUCUGGGAUGCAGAUAAACAUGCAAGCCAAGCAGAAUUCUUCCAAAACCACAUCUAAGAGAAGGGGGAAGAAAGUCAACAUGGCCCUGGGGUUCAGUGAUUUUGACUUGUCAGGUGAUGAUGAUGAUGAUGAUGACGGUGAGGAGGAGGAGAAUGACAUGGAUAAUAAUAGUGAAUGAAAGCAGAAAGCCAAGUGAUACAAUAGAAAAAAAAAAAUCGGGGAAAAAAAGGAAAGCCAAAAACCAAAACCAAAGAAACUCGUUAUCUCAGUCUGUUCAAAAACAGUAGAGAGGCAGAAAAAAACCAAGCAGUGCAUUUUUAAGCCAAUCACAUUUACAUGACAGUGAUUUCCUUAUCAGUUUUAUUUUUGAUUUAUUUUUGCUUUCAGAAAAGCGAGGUUUAGGUUAAGUAAGAAAAAAGAAAGAAAAAAAAACCAAGUAUAUUUUGAAUCAGCAAAUACGGUGCCUGAUCAUAGAAAUUUGUGAUUGUACACACAAUAGAGCAUUUUUACACUAGUGACAUUCUGGCUUUUUCAUUUUUUAAUGAAUAUUUUAUAGUUCGUAUUUGACUUUAUUUUGUUCCCUUUAUUCAAUCGGUUGAGAAAACCUACCUUUGCAACAGGCACUCUUCACUCCUAAUUCUUCUUUGACACUUGAUUUUUCUGGUAACAUACGACAUUCUUUUUCUCUUGUGAUCGUACAUUGUAAUGGCAGAAAUGAUUGAUAGUGACUGUAAAAUCCAGCCACAAAAAAAAAUACUGAGAUGAAAGAAGGUUAUAACAAAGCACUCCUUCAGAAAUAACCUAACUGCCAAGAGUUUUCGAUACUAAAUAGCACAGCUACUCAAAGUAAAACCUGAGCAGUGAGUGUUGUCAGUAGUACAUUCAAGGAGGAAUAUGCUAAUUUGACACCAGCAAUAGUCUGUGUGGGCUUGCAAUAAGUCACACUAGCCCUGGAAGCAACACCACACUGUCAGCUGAGGCUCAGCUCGGACAUAACACGGAGGAAGCUGUCAUACCAAGGCAUGCAUCCAGGUGUGCAUAUGCUGAAUGCAGCUGCGCUUGGUGUGGCUGGCUGUUUCUUUGUUUUGCAAAGGGCUACAAAAUCAUUCUGGAUGCUAAGUAGGAAUACAAAUCCCUUAGAGAGGAAGUUAAAUAGUAUAAAAAGAAUCUCAAAAAUGUUAUCCUGCUUAGGCACAUUCUGAAGGAUCCUUUUUAUGUCAAAACUCGCUUUCCAGAGGUUUUCUUUUUCUUUUUAAAAAAAUCUUGCUCAGUAUUUCAGAGAGAUAGAUACAGGUGCUGUUCUGAAGACCUGGCUACUCAGAGAUAUUCUUAGAAUAUUUUCACGUGUUUUUCAAAGAAAAUGACAACAAAAAAAUGUAAUUAGAUAAUGAAAGGCAAAAGAACAAAGACUUUUUUCCCCUUACAUCAGAAAACAGUGUCAUUCAUUUGACUAUUAAACUCAAAUACCUUCGGUUUUUUACCUAAAAGUUUUAAGAAACUUCAUGUUAUCUAAUCAUACAUGUUAUCUAAUGUUAUGUUCAGAUACAUUUGAUCAUAAAGUGUUGAGAUUUGAAAUAUGACAGGGUCCUUAUUAAGAACUGAAAAAUACCACCAAAUGAUCAAAUAUGUUCUGCCUAGUUUUAUGUAGGGAGAAACAGCUAAUAAUGUCUAGUUGCCAGGCAAUCUUGGGUAGGUUAUUUAAUGUCUGUGAGUCUGUUUGCUUAUCAUCAACAUGGGAAUAAUGAUAACCUACUUCAAAGGAAAUGUUGCGAGGUUCAAAAGAAGUAAAAAGUAGAAAGUAGUACUAGCGCAGUACCUGGCCCAGGGUAGUAGCCAGCCAACACCAGCUAUUAAUAACUGUACAAGUUAAAAGACACUGAGAACUAAAUGGUUUCAGUAACCCUGAAAACUAAACUAUCACUUUCAAGGGACACUUUACUAGUAGUAUGAAAUGAAAUUAAAAAUGAAUGUCUUUCAAAAGAAAACGUAAGAUGAACAACCAGAUUUAAUUCAGUUGCUCUUUAGAAACUGUACCCUGACCAAGUGCACCUGGUCUGAGGUGUUUGCAGGCUGUUUCUCCACCCCCAGAUUAAGCAAACACAGAGUGGAGUGAGCAGAUGGGGCCUUUGCCCUGGAAGAUGGGUCCCUCCCAUUCCCAUUCUGCUAUAAUUCUCUUUCUGAGCAGGAUAGAAGCAGGUGCAUGGGCACACACAUGCAGCCUGUCCAUGUUCAGGCACAACAAGUGGCAUUGACCACAGCCAGACCACUCAAGCAGAAGGGAUGCAUUCCAACUCCUUCCUUUCCAGCCUUCUCUGGGGACCUUAGGGAGAGAACAGCAGAAAUUGGCCUCACAGCCUCUUGCACACCUUCCCAGGCAGACAUUCAUUAGACAGGUGCUUCCUAGCCAGGUACUGUUCUAGAGAAUGGCUAGAUGUCCAUCUUGUACUCAUGGAGCUUAUAUACUAGUGAGCAGAAUCAACAGUCAACAGAACAUGCCUCAUAAAAUAGUUUAACAUUUGCUAAGUACAUGCUAACAAAUGAAACAAGAGAGAGGGGGUAAGGCUGGUGGGAAAGGACUGAGGUUUUGAGAGUGUGAUCAUGAAAGUCCCACCUGAAAAUAAUAUCUGAGCAAAGCCGAGAGAUCUGUAUGUGAUCCUAGCUACUUGGGAGGCUAAAAUUGCAGAAAUCUCAGUGCGAGGCCAGCCUAGACAGAGAAACAUUUAGGAGACCCCUUCUCAACUAAGAACUGGAUGUGGUGGUGUGAGCCUGUUAUAGCCACUCAGCAGCCUAGCAUAGGUGGAUUCCUGCACUCAAGCAGGAAGUAAAAUGCUAUCUCAAAACAAGCAAAAAUUAAGGCAGGAGGUAUGGCUCAGUGGCAAGAGCACUUUCUUAGCAAGCAUAAGAUUCCGAGUUCAAGAUCUCUGUCCUGCCAAAAUAAUAAAUAUAAUAAUACUGUCAAAAUAAUAAUAACAACUAAAGAUAAGUCUAGGACACAUAAAUUGAAUGAAAUGUAUAAAUUUAUAUUACUUUUUAUUAAGGUUUGCUAUAUUAAAAGCAGCCAAAUAAGGCGAAUUAGGGAAAGUUGUAGGACUUUAUACCUAGGCCAAGAUUUGCCAUCAGUUACUAUUUCCUUCAUCUCCUAACUGCUGCCAUUUUCCUCACCAAUAUCAGGAGGAUCACAAUUCAAAUUCAGCCUGAGCAAAAAAAUUAGCAAGACCCCCAUCUCUACAAAUAAGCUGAGUUUGAUGGUGCAUAUCUGUAAUUCCAUCUGUGUCAGAGGCAUAAGAAGGAGGAUUUUAGUCCAGGUGAGCUCAUCAAAAAAGCAUUAAACCCUCUCUGAAAAAUAACCUAAGCAAAAAAACAGGCUAGGGUGUGGCUAAGAGGACUUGCUUAGCAAAUGCAAGAUCCUGAACAACCAAAAAGAGGAAAAAUGAAAAGACACCACAAGGAUUUAGGAUGUAGCAGAGUUGGCCUUAAAAUUGUUCUUUACCUGGAAUUGGACUGUUUGACCUGGUCUCUUUUCCUUUCUGUUCCAAAUGAAUGUCCUUCCAGUAACUUGAAACUAUGAAAAUAUUCAUGAAGUCUGAAGUAUAUAACUAGCAUUCUAUGGCAUUCUCAUUCUGCCUAUAAAGAUUAUUUAGAAUAUUUUAGGUUGUAUUCACUUAAAAAGAAAUGUCUAUUCGCUGUAUGUGCAAUUUCUACCAAUGACGAUAAUUGUGCCAUUUCUAACUCACUUUUGAGAUCAGUUUUUGAAAUGGAAAAUUAUCAGUGUUAGAUUUAGUUCCAAUUAUUUGACUUAAAAAGUGUACAUUUCGAAAGAGAGGAGUAGAGAAAUGGAGAGAAGUUUAAAGAUUCACAUGAGAACUGAAACUCAAUUGUAGUCAUUGUCGAGUCACACAAUCGAGGGCGUUUCAUCACCUUUUAUCUGUUUUUGCUCUUACCCACAAAACUGAGUGUAUAGAAUUUGGUGGUAUCUAUAUUCUGGAGCUGUUCUGUCAGUGGUGGUGUUCUGGGAGAGGCUGGGGCACAUUUAAUGCCCACUGCCAAGACCUGGGGCAUCCUCCAUGCCAGAAAGAGUCCAAACUCAGUGCCAGUGGCAUUGUACCUUCCCUUCCAGCUUGGUAAGCCUGGCCAUUUUAGAAUUGUAUGUGUAAUUUUUAUUUUUCCUCAAAAAAAAUCCAAGGUUAAAAAAAAAAGCGUUUUCGAAAAAAUAAUUACAACUCAGCUGAGUUUCAUAGCUUCAUGGUUUUAUCUUGAAUCACCAUUUGUGUGUAUGGUGUCUGCCUCCUUAAGCUUGCAGGUGGAUAGACACUUCACGAAACAGCCGAACUCACCUCCGGAAGGGGAGGGCAGGCCUUGUUCCUGUUACAACUGGUCUGCAAGUUGCAAAAAAGAAAAUCCCCAUUGAGGUGGUUGAAGUUCUGAGAGGGUACCAACUAAAUUUUUAAAACUUUCUUUUUUUUCAUUUAAAAUUUAAAAACUUUAAAAACACACACACAACACAACUUUUCCCAGUACAGGGUUUUUAACUCUGGGUCUUACCUCAGCCUUGCUUUUCGCUGGUUAAUUGGAGAUGGAGUCUCACAGACUUUUCUGCCCCAAGCUGGGCCUUGGACUGAAAUCUUCUGUAGCUCAGCCUUCUGAGUAGCUGGAAUUAUAAACAUCAGCCACCAGCACCCAACUCUAAAUCUUUUUUUUUUAAGCAAAAUAACAUUUUAGUAUUUUACAUAAGUUAUCAAAGCCGUGAGAUCUAAGGCAUAUUGUCCACUGUUUUUUGUUGCUCUGGAAAUAAUGAGGACUGGAUUUUAGUCAGUGAUUUUUUUUUUCAACAUGCACUGAAUUUUUUAGACUUUAAACACCAGUUGUGGUCUGCAAACUUGAUUUUCCCAUUAAAAUGAAAAGAAUUGAGAUGGUGGGAAGAUCGAAGAGAGAUCCAGAACAGUUUCAUAGCUUUACUAUGUUAAUAACUUUAUGUUCAAAAAUUUCCUUAGAAUAGGGAGAGUUUUUAAAUGUAGUCUGAGCUAAAUAGUGAUGCUUGGCGGAGGAGGAGGGAGAGUUACACUCGACUUUUGCAGCCUUGUGUCUGUCUCACUAUACCACAUAUACAAGAGAGCAUAUGUUUUCUAUAAUCAGGCACCUUCUGCUGCGUUUGAGUAAACCUUUUUCUGUUUAGAUUUUAAGCACUUCUAGAAAAGAUCAUCUGUGCUAUUCUGAAUGCUGCAGUGUAGCCCAACAACUCUAGAUGGAAAUGUUUCCAUAAUGAAAUCUGAGCAGUUAUUAGGAAACCUGAGGGCUGGCUGUGCUUUCUCAGCCUUCAAGAUUGUGUGUACUGUGUUGCCCACAAGGGACUUUCUGGCAUGUGAUCCAUUACUUCAAAACUAGAGUGUCCAGCACUUGCACUCAUUAUUUUUAAGUGUGUGCAUCAUAGUAUAAAUUUUAAUUCAUAUUUGACACACUACACCUAUUGCUUUUUGCACUUUGCAAAUUUUGUAUUAAAUCUUAGAAAAUAUUUAUAUUCUUUGGGUGUGAGCUUUGGAUAAAUGGCAUUAUCCUUCUGUUUGUUUGUUUUUAACAACAGAUCUUCUCAGUUAUUCUAAUGCAAUGUUAUUCUGAGCAAAUCCUAUGGCAAAUACCAUGUAUAAUGUUUGUUGGGAACAUUACAUUUUAAUCUUGCGUGGUUAAGACUACUCAGCCACUGACUUCAUAGCUGGAAUUCGAUAUUCCAGCACAAAAGUCCACAAUGUAUUCAGAAUCCAAGUUGGUGUCAUACAUUUCAUUUUGAUGUGAACUUUUCUUUGCUUUUCUUUGUUCUAAGACUCCAUUUUGCAAUAAACAUUUUGACAGUAAA